CAGAACUGACCUGCGAUUUAUGACUUGCUAAACAAACCACAAAAUGACCUCCCGUUAUUCAGCAGCGCGUCCAAAGCGUGCGGGUGAGCAAUUUGCUCGUGCCCACCACGGCGAAGACGACGGCGGCCCCUCCUCAAGCAAGAAACCCAAAUUCGAUAUCAGGAACCCUUCAGCACUCGCACCUGACGCGCCAGAAGAAGAUGCGGUUCUCGAGGCAGAUGUUAUUGGGGGUGGGAUUGGCACGAAACGUGGGGCUGUGAAUCUGGAUGGAUAUGAUAGCGAUUCGGAUAAUGAGGGGUUUGACGCUAGGGCUGAGGAGAGAGCGAAGGGAAAGAAGGGGGAGGUAAACCUUGCGGAGGCGCUUGAUGGUUAUGGGAAGGAGGGAAAUAACGGGAAGGCGAAGGUAGAUGAUGAUGACGACGACGACAGUAUGUUUGGUGGGUCAGAGGAAGAGGGUGGAGAGGAUGAGGAUGGUUUGGCUACGAAGAAGAAGAGGAAGGAAGUGAGAUUCUUAGAUGCGGACAAGAUCGAGGGGCAGGUGGAGAACAGUAAGAGUGGUGGACAUGUGUCGAGCAAUUUUGCGCUGGACCCGAAGGGGAAGCUGUCGACUCAUGCAAUGGAUGAUCAGGAGAGCAGUGAUGACGAGGAGGAAGCUGCGCUAGCUGCCCAGGAAGAGGAUAUCGACCAAGAGGUUGGAGCUGGAGGCUUGAAAAGAAACGCCCCAAAAGUCGACGCGUUCAACAUGAAGGCCGAGCAGGAAGAAGGAAGAUUCGAUGAAGCCGGAAACUUUGUUAGGAAAGCUGCGGAUCCGGAUGCCAAGCACGAUGCAUGGCUGGAAGGCGUCAGCAAAAAGGAGAUGAAGAAAGCAGCAGAAGCACACGAGAGGAGGGAAGCAGAGUUACGGCAAAAGAGACUCGAAGACGAUGCUCUCCUGCUCCCAGACAUCUUGCGAACAUUGAUCUUACGGUUGGAGAAAGGGGAAACGGUUCUAGAAGCUCUGGCCAGAUUAGGGAAGAACCAAACAAAAACGAAGAAGGUCCCGAAGUGGAAGCUAAAGAAGCAACGGCAGAACAGCAAUGAUAUGGACAUUGACACAGAAAAACCAACAGAAGACCCUGAGCAAGUUAAGAUUCGAGAAGCUGUCAACGAGAUUACGGGAGCUGCAGAUCAGCUGCUUACGAGAGGGCAAACGGAGAUCUAUGAGCAGGAAAGGGAAAUGCUCAUCAGGCAGUACCGAAGGGAGACAGGUGAAGACUGGGUUGAGCCACCAGCUGAAGAAAAAGAGGAGAAACUUGAUGGCUCGAGACCUGUGAAAAUGUGGGAGUACAGGUGGACAGAUGGGCGUGAUGGUGCUGCAAAACAAGGCCCAUAUGAUGGAGCAACAAUGGUGGCGUGGCAAGAUGCGGGCUACUUUGGUGAAGGCGUUGAAUUUCGGAGAGUUGGGCAGCAUGGGUCUUGGGAAAGGGUGGUGGACUUUGUAUGA